UGAACAGAGCUGGGAGUUUCUGGGACCAGGGCCUGUGUAAAUGUGGGACACUGCCGAGUCUUCCGGCAUUUUGUAUCCGACAGUUUCCAGGGACCAAUGUGUGAAUGGGACUGAUGGAGGUGUGUUUUAACAAAAGUUUGUGCUGGCAACAUUGCCUCAUCUAAAACAUAUGGGUUUGUUAAGAAAAUGUUGCGCUUACUGGAAAAUGUAAAAGUGGGCAAGGUGCAUUACAGGUCACACAACAUGCGGGCCUAAAUGACGAUUUGGAUUAUACCAUGUUCCUCUGAAACGAUUAAAACUUUCUUGGUAAUACCUUAAUGGAUACUGAUGUUUUGAUGUGUGGUCCAGUGUGUCCUACUGUAGAAUUAUAUUGAUGGCAAUACAUAUAUGACGGACACACCCACCCAUCUCCAACAUGUCCUGUGUGUCUUGUUGCUUUUUUGCUUCUUUUUCCUAUAGUCAUGUGAUCUAGUCACAUGAUUGUAAGUGUAUUUAAUGACACCUGUGGGCCCUGUCCCACCCUUAUGCUCUUACAAUGACCAUUUUGCUGGUUGAAAUGCCUGUCUCCUUGUAAUAAAGGACUUUUAAUAUAUUUAGUCGGUGUGACAUGGGUUUGUACCUUGCCCAAUUUUACAUUUUUCAGUGAGGGCUAAAUUUUGUUAGGAUUUCAAGUUAACCCUUGUACACCUGCUCUGCUACUUUUGAACUUUUUUAUGACCCACUGAAGCGCUCUACCUCUUCUCUUCAUCUGACAUAUGGAUUUGUGUUUUGUUUCAUUCACGCAUGUUUGAAUAUCCCUGCAUCACCAGCGCUUAAAAUGCCUCAAUUGAGCUGUUUUAUAUUUUAGUUUCCCUUUUGCUCAGUUGAGAUUGUCAGUAGAAAAUGCGUCAUAUCUGCUGGUGCACUGAGGAGUGAAGCAGUUUCAAAAAUCAAUAACUGUAUCUCCAAAGUCAGGCCAAUCCAGGGCUAAAUUGUGAAAGUGAUUCCAGUGAAGGCUUUGGAGUUUAAAAACAUAGUGGAGAGCUUCCUGUAUUACCACCUAAUGACAUCACAAGGAGUGGUUUCAGUCUGAUAAAAGAACUCAGGAUAAAUGUGCAGGAUUUGUGUGUUAAACAUGUGUGAAUGAAACUAAAGGUAACAUCAGAAAAUAGUGCAGUAUAGACCUUUUAAUGGAGGGAUUCCAUCGUCAUACACACCAUUCAGAACCUGUACCCUUUACAUUACAUCAGUGAAGUGGCAACUUGCCUGUGUCAUCAGCAGGAAAAUUCAAAAUGCAAAGACAGUUUACACGCAAAGGACUUUUUCUGACAGUUUCAAUAUUGAUUUAAAAAAAAUAAAGGUGUUAUUAUUUAUUUGUAUUAGUCUAAUCAUAACUAUUGCACAAUCUACACUGGAAAAAACAAUAUCUAGCUAAGUUAAAAUGACUUAAAUUAAGAACAUUUGACUUUAUUUGAGUCAAUUCAACUUGACAAUGGAAAUGGAAUAGGUAUGUUUUUCUUAAUUCAAGAAACAUUCGAUUUUGUUUAUUAUUUUAAGCGAAAAAACAUUGUUGCUUUUCUUAUUUUAAGUGUAGUGAGAUGUGUUUUCAUAGUUUAAGUACAAAAAGUCUUGUUUCAUUUUACUUCAAGUGAAAUUUACUAAAAUCAUGAUAAAACUUCUUAAUUCAAGUGAACUUAAAUUAGCUGGAUUUUGUUUUUUGCAGUGUAGACCCUUUUACAUUAUGGUUGCUAGUUAUGAAAUUAUAUCUAGGCUACGUACAGGCCAGAUUUUGAGUGAAAUCUUAAACUGUUAAAUGUGUGAGCAGGAUGCACUUCAGUUCAAUGAUUCAUUUAUAAUACUUAGAGUGAUGGGUGAAAGGGGAUUACAUUUUGGAGCCUCCAUAUCGUAUUUUAGGUGGACACAAAGAGUAAAGGAGGAUUUGUGAUGAAGUGAAACAGAAUGUGGCUUGUGUUCAGGGUUUUACUGUAUUUGAUAGGACAUGUGAAAGGGUCAGAAGCUGGAGAAUGCGCAUACAUGUGUGUACAGUCCAUGUUUAUAUCUGAGCACAUGGUCUGUCCUGACCCUGAGUCUGUCCUGACCCCAAGUCUGUCCUGACCUGGAGUCUGUCCUGACCCUGAGUCUGUCCUGACCCCGAGUCUGUCCUGACCCGGAGUCUGUCCUGACCCGGAGUGUGUCCUGACCCCGAGUCUGUCCUGACCCGGAGUCUGUCCUGACCCGGAGUCUGUCCUGACCCGGAGUCUGUCCUGACUUGGAGUCUGUCCUGACCUGGAGACUGCACUGGCAUAAUUUUACACAUUAUAUAGUUUUUUAUUUUUUAGUAUAGUUUUACACUCAUGUCCACCAUAUGGUCACAUGUCACUGUCAGUCAUUCAAACUUUAUUUAUAAAGAGCUUCUAAUGUCACUUCAUGGUCAUUCAAGUACGGUUCAAAGAGAAGAGCUGAAUAUGUUUUUAUUGUGUGUAAUGUAAUAAUGACAGAACAUGUUUCAGUGUAAUGUGUGAUUUUCUCAUUAAAAGGACUUUACUGGACUUAUCUGCUCCUCUUCAGACUUCUCCUGUGCUCAUGUGGCUGCCAACACAUUGAACCGAGCCAGCACACUGAUGUCUGUCCUUUGGCAAGACACUUCCCACCUUGCUAUGGGUGUGAGGGUUUGAUGGCACAGACUGUGAGCCUCGCUUUGGUCAGUACGGGUCCCGUAGCUGCAGCUACAAACGCACACGUACAUCAGCCCUGUGUCAUAAAUCUGAACAUGUGAGUGUGUACAGUGUGUAGCGCAUCAUGUACCUGUGUCUGCGCAAACAGAUGCGGAUCCAGAAGUGGCGCAUAUGGAGGCUAUACAUAGACUUUCUACAGUCUGUGGCUAUACCCGCUCCACGUUUGCGUCAGGCUGCUUUUAAAGGAGCAGCGCAGCACUCACGCGGUCCUGGCUGUGCGCGCGGGAGCACGAGUGGACACUGAACAAUGGCGCUGACGCACAGACGCCUCCACGCAGCACGCACGCGGCACGCACGCGCCGCGGAGGGGAAGACGAGGUGAGGGCGCAUCAGCCGCGACCACAGCUGUCUGCAGCUGCCGCCAUAGUGCGCGCGCUCAGACUACCGCGGCGCGUGCACCGUACGCGUGCACGGCACGUGCGCACCGUGAGUGCACACAGCGUAUGUGCACUGUGUGCGCGCAGAGCCCCCACCAGCAGACGUAAAUAAAAGCAGAGAAUUAAAUAAAUAAGUGCAUCCUAUAGCGUCAUCCGCAGUGAGCCCACUCCUCUCACUGCAUCAGCCCGAGGAGCCGCGUGAAGGCCCGGGGACGAGGCACCAAGCGUCCGGCACCGACUUUCAAAAUAAAACUACACAACUACCCCAAUCAGAACAGGCCUACUGCUGUUUGACCCGGUGGUGCGGGGAGUUUUUAUGUAGCAUCCUGUAUGACAGGCCUCAUAACUACAGCACGAACAGUCGGAGCGGUCCGGACGCCUACUGACUCCUACUGUCUGUGGACAAUUUCAAACGCCUCUUACUACGGGUCCUGUUUGAAGUUUUACUGUGAAAAGCCGUAUGUCGUAUUUCCUCCGCGGUCCCUGCGCGUUGUCUUUGUUUUGACUAACCUGGAUGAGGACAACCGGAUAACGGCGAUCACCGAGCGGAGGAAGAAGCGCUGCCCGCGUCAGAGUGUCCGCACACGGCAUCACUUUCUCCACGUCUCCGCGCCUCCUCAGCAGUCGGACUGUUUUACCUGUGCGCGGUACACCGGGAGGCGGGACAUCAGCUGCGGGCUUAGGAGCUGCACAUGUCGGCGCGGUGAAAGCUGUCUCCCCGCCCUUAAACGGCUGGAGGAGGGAGCGCGGAGGAGCGCACACAAGCGCAACAUCGACAUUUGGAUCGAGUGCUCAGGUGCGUCCUGAGAGCGGCAGAGGAUAGCGGCAGAGAAUAGCGGCAGAGGAUAGCGGCAGAGGACAGCGUACAGGGAUGCGGCAAGCGCGGUGGGCCCGGGCUGAUGUUUGAUGAGAGAUUUGAGACUUGUGAUUCGGUCUUGUUCUGCGCGCGCAGGAGAACAGCUCCUUCUCUGGCUCCAGAUAUAGGCCCAUGACUUAGCGGUGUGACGCCUAUCUCCGUUGCACAGAGGCGUGUUCCCGCGGCGUGUGGAGUCUGACGCGCGGGUAACUCACCGGCCCAGAUACCCUCACAUCCACACUCUCAUCCACAGACGCGAGCGGGAUGCUGCCAUUUGCAGGCGGCCUGUGAUCCGCGCUACGCACGCACUGGACAUCAGCAUCAGCAUCAGCCAUCUUCCUCUGCUUCCUGUCCCUCCUCCUCCUCCCCGUUCAGCGCUGAUCCUCCCCAGCAGACAGUCUCCUGCAGCCCGAAUCCGAGCCUCCGCUGUACCCUUCGGGAUGGAGACGACCAAGCUGCCCCCCAGCCCCUCCUCUCCCACCACCGGCUUCACGGUGCCCUCCGCAGAGAAGGUGGACGGCUUCCCGCGGAGGUCCAUGCGCCGGGCCCGCCAGAGGAGGUCCCACAGCUCGUCCCAGUUCCGCUACCAGAGCUCCCAGGUGGAGCUCACCCCGCUGCCGCUGCUCAAAGAUGCCCCGGUGGCAGAGCUGCAUGACUUGUUCUGUAAGAAGCUGCAGCAGUGCUGUGUGCUCUUUGACUUCCUGGAUUGUGUGGCCGACCUGAAGGGCAAAGAGAUCAAACGAGCAGCUCUCAAUGAGCUGGUGGAGAGCGUGGCCACGAGCAGAGGGGUGCUGAUCGAACCCCUGUACCCUGAGGCCAUCAAGAUGAUCUCGGUGAAUAUCUUUCGGACACUGCCUCCGAGUGAGAACCCUGAGUUUGACCCAGAGGAGGACGAGCCCACACUGGAGGCAUCCUGGCCACACCUCCAGCUGGUCUAUGAGUUCUUUCUGCGAUUCCUGGAGAGUCCAGACUUCCAGCCUUCCAUGGCCAAGCGCUACGUGGACCAGAAGUUUGUCUUACAGCUGCUGGAGCUGUUUGACAGUGAGGACCCCAGAGAGCGGGAAUACCUGAAGACCAUCCUGCACCGUGUCUAUGGAAAACUGCUGGGACUGCGGGCGUACAUCCGGAAGCAGAUCAACAACAUCUUCCUCAGGUUCAUCUACGAGACUGAGCAUUUCAACGGUGUGGCUGAGCUGCUGGAGAUCCUGGGCAGCAUCAUAAACGGCUUCGCUCUGCCCCUGAAGGCCGAGCACAAACAGUUCCUGGUGCGAGUGCUCAUCCCUCUGCACACAGCCAAGUCCCUGUCCAUCUUCCACGCACAGCUGGCCUACUGUGUGGUGCAGUUCAUGGAGAAGGACGCCACAGUCACUGAAUACAUCAUCAGAGGCCUGCUCAAGUACUGGCCCAAGACGUGCACGCAGAAAGAGGUGAUGUUCCUGGGGGAGAUUGAGGAGAUUCUGGAUGUGAUUGAACCUUCUCAGUUCGUGAGGGUCCAGGAGCCGCUCUUCAGACAGAUCGCUGCCUGUAUCUCUAGCCCACACUUCCAGGUGGCGGAGAGGGCCCUGUACUUCUGGAACAAUGAGUACAUCCUGAGUCUGAUCGAGGAGAACUGUCAGGUUAUCCUUCCCCUGGUGUUCGCCACGCUUUACAGGGUCUCCAAAGAGCACUGGAACCAGACCAUCGUGUCUCUCAUCUACAAUGUGCUCAAGACUUUUAUGGAGAUGAACAGUAAACUAUUCGACGACCUCACCGCAUCCUACAAGGUGGAGAAACAGAAAGAGCUGAAGAGGGAGCGGGAGCGUGCCGAGCUGUGGCGGGGGCUAGAGGAGUACCAGGAGCGCCGGCUGCAGAUGCUCACUGAAGCCGUUCGGAACCAGCGCAACCUCCAGGAGCGAGCCGACAGAGGGGACCCGCCCACGGCCUGCAGCCCCACACAGGCCCACCCUGAGCAGCAGCAGCACAAGCCUAGCGGGGGGUCCAGCGGGGCCGGGGAGAGUGCCACCUAG